AUGUCUUCGGAAUACCCUGACGCUGACCGCUUCCAGCGUGAGAGAUCUCGAUCGCCUCGCCGUCGCUCUUCGCGCAGUCCUCGACGCAGUGCUCGUCGUUCGUACUCGCCGCGCAGCCGUUCUCGCAGUCGUCCACGUGACGACUAUCGUCGCAACGACCGCCGUUCCCGAACUCCCGUUAGUACAACUACUGGUGCUGCUGGUCCUUCGGGCUCCCCAUACGGUGGACGCAGUGGUUACGCGCCGGCUCGGGCUUUUGACGAUCGCUCCGCUGCUAAAGAAAAUAUGAUGCAAUCGGUUCGCGACACUUCUCAACAAGACCGCCGGGUCUAUGUCGGCAACCUCUCAUAUGAUGUCAAGUGGCACCACUUGAAAGAUUUUAUGCGACAGGCUGGAGAAGUUCUCUUUGCCGAUGUCUUACUUCUUCCUAACGGAAUGUCUAAGGGAUGCGGAAUUGUUGAGUACGCCACUCGGGAUCAAGCUCAAACUGCUGUCAACACACUUAGCAACUCCAUGUUGAUGGGACGUCUCGUUUACGUUCGAGAGGAUCGCGAGGCUGAGCCCCGGUUCACUGGUGGACCUCCCCGCGGCGACUUCGGUGGACCUCCCCGAGGUGGCUUCGGUGGUGGCUUCGGUGGACAUGGUGCUGGUGCUGGCGGCGGUGGUCGCCAACUCUAUGUCUCCAACCUUCCUUUCAACGUCGGUUGGCAAGAUCUGAAGGAUCUCUUCCGUCAGGCUGCCCAACAAGGCGCUGUUAUUCGCGCCGAUGUACACACUGACCCCACCGGACGCCCUAAGGGAUCCGGUAUCGUUGCAUUUGAAUCGCCCGAUGAUGCACGUAACGCCAUUACCCAGUUUAACGGAUACGAAUGGCAGGGCCGCAACCUCGAAGUCCGUGAAGAUCGCUUUGCUGGCGGUAUGGGCUUCAACAACCGUGGCGGCUUUGGCGGUGGCUUCGGUGGCCGCGGUGGUUUUGUUGGUGGUCGUGGUGGCUUUGCUGGUGGCCGCGGUGGUUUCAUGGGCGGCCGUGGUGGCUACGGCGGUGACUUCGGAGGCCGUGGUGGCUUUGCCGGUGGUGCACCCCCUGGUGGCUUUGGAGGCGGUGGUUUUGACGCUGGUCAUGCCCCGCCUGUAUCAGUCCCUCCUAACCCCUUCACCGAUUUCGCUGCUCCUGGGGGCGACCGAAGCGCUGUUAUUUAUGUUCGCAACCUCCCCUGGUCAACCUGCAAUGAAGAUUUGGUCGAACUUUUCUCGACAAUCGGCAAGGUCGAGCGAGCCGAGAUUCAAUAUGAGUCUAACGGACGUUCCAAAGGUACUGGCGUCGUUGAAUUCGAUACCACCGACACUGCCGAGACCGCCAUCGCCAAAUUCAGCGGCUACAACUACGGCGGACGUCCCCUGGGAAUCACAUUCGUUAAGUACAUGAACGCAGACGCCCCUCCUAGCGAGAAGAUGGAAGGCACUGAGUACUCCAGCGGCUUGACUCAAGAUCAAAUCAUGUAA